UGGAAGUCUGCUUUUGGAGAAGCUCAGUAUUUUGCCUCGGGUCUCAUUUCUCAUCCUUCAGAGUCUACGCGUCACUACUCCAUUAUCCGGCAUACCCGUGCAUUGAUCUGGUACUCUGGUCCUUCUACUUCAGUCUCCAUCACAAUCCUCUCGGAUGAGCCUCUGCCCCCUACGAGAACCCUUUGGAUGCAGCAAAAGGGCUACUCUGGUAACAUGGGCAUGGCUCUCAAGGCGUUAGCUGGCACGACCUCAUCUUGGAUUAAUGUCACCCCUGCCCGCCGCGCCAACGUGGGCGACACAUCCGAGGCAGACGAGCGCAGCCUCCAGCGUGAUCUCAAGCGCUUCACCAAAAAGGCCUCAGGACGCCAAAAGAAUCACGUCCCGCGAGAGACGCACAUCGUGCGCAUUCCCGCCACCGCGUCGGAUGGGUACUUUCGCCUUGUUCUUUGCGCAGGGGCCGAAGCUGGCAAGAAGGUUCUGUGCGGGAGUCCAGUAUUUCGCGUGGCGAGUACGUCUACCGAUGUUAGUGUCGUGAGAGGUGCGAGUCUGAGUACGAUGCCGCUAGAGAUGGGCGUCAAGGUGGCCAGUACGAUAGGGCAGGCCAUGGCGAACAAGUAUAUCGGCGUGGCGAGCGCGGUGGUAAACAGUCAAGUGGGCAGCGUUGUGACGAAUUCUACAGUGAAGAAGGCUGGCACAAUGGCUUACCAAAGUUAUCAGAUAACUGGCAUGGGGGAUGCAGUGCAGGAUAGCUGGCGGCGGCAGAGGGAUCAGCAAGAAAGAUAUGAUUCUCUGAUGGUGAAUGUACCGGUGAUCCAAAUGGUUGGUUCAGAGAGCGGUCCCGAGGCGCCGUUUCCUGUCAAAUUCGAUGGAAAGGUUGUUCGAGGUACGGGCAGAUCAAUUGCUGAACUGGGUAUCCCGACGGCAAACUUGAGUGGCGUGUCGGAUCAGGUCAAGGUUCGUAUGGGAGGCGUGUUUGCUGCAUGGGCUUGCAUACAAACUCCAAAGAACAGUAAUGAUGAUGCGAGUGGAGGACUGGACGAUAUGCUACCGACGGAUUGGCUGGAAGCCGUCGUUACAAUAGCGCCGUCCAGACACGCACCUCCUUCUGUUGCAAUGAAGAACAGUGUCAUGGUACACAUCAUUCAUGACUUUGAGGGCAUGCAUUUUGUCGACGCCAAAGUCAAAGUCCUCCUCAUGGGCUUUCUCCACCCCGCUGCCCAUUCCAACACCCCACCAGAACAUCUCGCAGGAGAACAUUCUCAAGACGUUGUCAACACCCUUGCUAGUCUAGAUCGCCCAGCCUGGGGCCCGCAUGAUACAGUUGCGAUGAUGAAGAGCGUGAAGAGCAGCCGAAGUCUUGGGGAGAAGCUGGAUGACACGACGGGCAAGGUGGUGGCGCAGGUGGAUAAGAUACCCUUGCAUUGGGCAGGAGUGAGGUCUGAGGCUGGUACGUUGCAGGAUAAGGCGUAUGGGAAUGGAGGGAUGUGGAUUGUGAGAUGA